CCGCUCUUGUUCGCAGCUCACAUAUAUCGUGAUUUAUUUUCAUUAUACCGAGUCUCAACGAUUUUAUUCGUUACCGCGCUAAAACUCGUGUGUGUGUGUGUGUGUAUGCUCGUGUUUUUUAUUUCAACUCUAUAAUUAUGGCUUGAGUUAAUCGCCAUGAAAUCCUAUCGUGCAAAGUGAUCAGUUCCUCUACCACUAUAUCUUAUAAGUUGGCAAGUCCUUAGAACAAGCGCAUGGCUGUAGGACAAUCAUCGCCAUCAUCAUGCCAUGGGCCUCGGCGAGACAACGACGAUUACGAUCACGACACCAAGUCGGCAUGCCAGGGUGCUACGACUUCGAAUUCUGCCGGCAACGGUCAUCAUAACAUCAACAUCGACGCGAUGGAGGCGGCCCAGAUGUACGCCAGGAACAGGUCGUUCGGCUCGCGCAACGAUCUCGACGACUCUAUCGGGGCCUUCGAGGAGCUGCCCCGCGACAAGGCCGACUCGGCCUGGUUUCACAUCGACAGAGAGUACAAGAACAAGAAUUUGGAGAAGCUGUUCGGCCAGUUCCAGCGUAAGCUCCAGCGCGGCAACAUAUCGCUCUUCGUCGUCAUACAGAUAAUCCUGGCGAUCAGCCACUGCUCCAUCCUCAUCGGUUGGACGUCGGCGACGGACGCCAUAAUCGACGUGGUAAUAAUGGGCGUGCUCAACGCCGUGCUGUUCCCGAUCCUGGCGCUGGUGUUUCGCGCCGGCUCCUACAAGGAAAAUCCGAUCCUGUCGAUCUACUACUCGUGCUCCAUCGUCGCCCUGCUCAUCAUCGGCGACGUCGUGCCGGCCAUGUAUCACUCCAAGAACGACGAGAAGGCCUCUUACAAGCCCGUCUAUCAAACUCACACUCUGAUCGCCUGCUACUUCUUCCUGCCGCUGCCGCGCACCCUGAGCGCCGUCAUCCUCGGCGUCAUGGCGUCCACCUGCUACAUCACCAGCUCGCUCUUCAUCACCUAUCGCAACGACUUCUUUUACGAGCAGAAGAUCCUCACCGAUCUCAACUAUCACGUCUGCAUCAACAUGCUCGGCUGCUACUUUCGCUUCAUGAAUCAGAUGAUGAUCAAGAGGUCCUUCCUGGAUCGCAACAAGUGCGUCCUGUCGACUCUCAGGCUGAAUUACGAGAAGGACCAGGAGGAGCAGCUGACCAGGAGCAUCUUGCCGCGGCACUUCGCCCAUCAGAUCACCAACUGUUUCGUCGAGAAGAGCGUGCCGCAGAUGGAGGAGACGAGGCCGUCCCUGACGUCCAUCACGAUCAAGAACAUGUUCAUGGAGGUGCACAAGAACGUCAGCAUCCUGUACGCCGACGUCGUCAACUUCUCCGGGCUGACGGUGCGCAUGCCCGUGCAGAAGCUCGUCGAGACCCUCAAUCGGCUGUUCGGCAGCUUCGACGACGCCUCGGAGCUGCGCAAGGUGCUGCGCAUCAAGUUCCUCGGCGACUGCUACUACUGCGUGGCGGGGGUGCCCCAGCCGGAUCCGCGCCACGCCGCCAACUGCGUCGAUCUGGGCCUCGACAUGAUCGACAUAAUCGCGGGCCUCGGGGCCGGGGUGAGGCGCGAGUGCGGCGUCGACAUCGACAUGCGCAUCGGCGUGCACUCGGGCGAGAUAAUGGCGGGCCUGCUGGGCGCCAUCAAGUGGCAGUACGACAUCUGGUCGAGGGACGUGUGCGUGGCCAACAAGAUGGAGCAGACGGGCAGGCCGGGCAAGGUGCACGUGACCGCGAGGACCCUCGAGCUCCUGAAUCGCGACAAUUAUUGCGUGGAGGAGCUGGAUCAGACGGGGAACGAGAUCUUGAACAAGUACGGGAUCACGAAGAGUUACCUGAUCACGCCGGUCAAGCAAUGCGAGCCAGAAAAGUACGAGUACACCAGCGACACUUGCAGACGCAGACGUCCAAAUCGCAGAAACGCCUACGACCAGCAAGCCCAGCGAACGAAUCACUUCGGCCAGAUGAUCGUGCGCAAUUACCAUCUCAUACUCAAGGAGGCCAACAAGGAGAUGGAAAAGGCGAUCGACCACAUGCCCCUCACGAAAAUCGAACAGUGGGGCAAGUGGGAGAGGAUCAAUCCGAUCAGUCUGCAAUUCGACAAGUGGCAGUGGGAGCUCGAGUACUGGCGCGAGCCCGAUCCCCUCUUCAAGUUCUCGAUCCUGCUGCUCGCGGUGCUGCUGCCCUGCGUAGGUCCGAUCCUCCUCAUACGCAACAACAGCAACGUCCAGAUGAGCUACACCAUCUUCAGCUAUCUCGGCACUUUUCUCUUCACCCUCAUGCUCAUACCCAUGUCCUGGAUGCAGUUCAUCUGGGAUUACGUCCUGACCAAGAACAACGACGAGCAGAAUCCCUCCUGCGUCAAGCCGACCAAUCCCGUCAUCAAGUUCUUUUAUCGCACCAGCAACGAGAUAGUGUGGAAAGACAGUCUGCGUAUUCUCGUCUACUUCACCCUCACUACGAUCCUGACCAUCACGACUACCUACACGUUUUUGUACGAGUGCCAAUUGCUGGUUCAAGCCGAGUCGCACAAGCUCAACUCCAGCAGUCCGAUCGAGCCGACUUACGCCUACAAAUGCGUCGCUACGCCUUGGCAAUUUACCGAGCUGUGCGCCAUAACCAUCAUAACUACCUUCAUGUUUCUGCGGAUAAAUUUCUUCAUUAAGCUCUUCUCCGGCGCCAUGAUAGCGAUUUUUUACGCCUGCAACGUCUGGAUUUAUCGAUCCAAAUUAUUUCAAAUACCCCGGGAAGCCUGGAAUCCCAUUCUCGGGGCUCAAUUGUCUCACACGCUUGCCAUUGUUUACCUUAUAUUCUCCAUGCAUCUGAUCGAUCGACAGACGGAAUAUCUAAACAGAUUGGAUUAUCAAUGGAAGCGUCGACUCGCCCAGGAAAAUCGAGAGGCUUUCAAUGUCUGUCGCGCCAACAAACUCUUGUUGCUCAAUAUUUUGCCGAAUCACGUGGCUGAAAAAUUCAUGGGAAUGGACAACACGAUGCUGAACCGGCUUUAUCACGAGAAGCACGAGUACGUCGCCGUGAUGUUCGCCACCCUGACCAAUCUGUCCAUCGAGAACGUCGACACCCUGUCGAAUUACAACAAGAUAAUCUGCCACUUCGACCUGCUGCUGUUCAACGCGAUGUUUCAGCAUCGAGUAGAAAAGAUCAAACUAGCAGGAACGACGUACAUGGCCGCCAGCGGAUUGGACAAUCUGAGGCGCAACUCGGGCGGCGAAAAUUCGCCGGGAAAGUACAGCGUGUUGAAAGUCCUGACUCGCUUCGCCGCGGAAAUCAUGAAGAUCACGGAAAAUAUCAAUAGCCAAGUCGACGGAUCUUACGCAUUGAGAAUCGGCAUAUGCACGGGCGAGGUGACGGCCGGCGUGGUGGGCGUCAAGAAGCCCCUCUACGACAUCUGGGGCGACGCGGUCAACAUGGCCUCGCGAAUGGACACCACCGGGGUGCCCGGCAAAAUUCAGGUACUGAAGGAGACGGCCGACAGCCUGGAGAAGCUCGGGGUCAAGUGUCAUCCACGCGGCGAGACCUACGUCAAGCCCAAGGGCCUGUUGACCACGUACUUCGUCGGGAUCGACGCGGAUGGGCAGCUGGAGAGGUGCGGCGCGUCGCUGCUGCCGGACAUCGUAGAGGAGGUCGACGAGGACGAGGAGCAGGACGCCUCCAAGUUGUGACAAAAAUUUUUAGCGACAAAAAGUUGAAUUUAUUUAUCUUUUUUUUACGUUCGUAUACUUGUUUUUUCUACG